CCCUCAGAGUGCUGUUUUGUGUUGACUCACCAUCAGCAGAUGCACAUGACUUCUCUAGCAACAACAGAAGUCAUGGCACACGAAAUUGAGAUGGGCACAAGACAACAAAGCACAAUGAGGGAAUGGCAUUUAUUGAGAAAGCCACGUGUAACCUCCUCUAGAUUCAGAGAAGUUUGCCAUGUGAGAGGGCAGUCCUCAGCGGCGAGUCUAGCGGUGAGAAUUUUGAGGUCAGGCUAUCAGUCUGCAGAAAUGAAGAGGGGCCUUCAGAUGGAGCCCAAAGCUAUUGAGGAAUACUGCUGCAUUCAGGAGGUAAAUCACUACCCUUGUGGUUUUAUCAUCCAACCCGAUGCACCUUGGCUUGGCUCAUCACCAGAUGGGUUGGUGUACGACCCUAAAGCUGAUCCUGUGUUUGGACUGGUAGAAGUGAAGUGCCCAAAUUUGAGAAGCUAUGUGGACUGUGCCUACCUUAGGGUCUCUGGUGGAGUGCUACAGUUCAAACAGUCUCACACUUACUACUGGCAGGUGCAGGGCCAACUUUUCAUUUCCGGGAUGAAGUGGUGUGAUUUUGUUGUGUUUACUGAAGACGACAUGUUCAUACAAAGAAUAUACAGAGAUGAGGGAGUCAUUAAAACAAUGAAGCAAAAGGUUGAUUACUUUUACUUUUACUUUUAUCUUCCAACACUUUUGGCUUGAAACUUUUCAAUCCAUUCAAUCAGUUUCCAUCAAUUUGUACAUAUUUUUUGGCCCAUGUUUUAUUUUGAACUGUUUCCACAAAUGUACUGGA